GGUUGAUUUCAACGUGCCGUUGAAAGACGGGAAAAUCAGCAACAACCAAAGGAUUGUAGCCGCACUGGACACCAUCAAGUAUGCUUUGGACAAGAAGGCCAAAUCGGUGGUCCUGAUGUCGCACUUGGGACGACCGGAUGGACACAAGGACGAUAAGUCGUCAAUGAAGCCGGUGGCUGAUGAGUUAAAGAAGCUGCUGAAAAAGGAUGUCAUCUUCUUACAUGACUGUAUUGGUCCCGACGUGGAGAAGGCUUGCAAAAAUCCUAAGAAUGGAUCAAUAAUUCUGCUGGAAAACCUUCGCUUUCAUGUUGAAGAGGAGGGGAAGGGAGUCGAUGAAAAAGGCAACAAGAUCAAAGCGGAUGAUGCGAAAACGAAGCAGUUUCGUCAGUCGCUUCGUAAACUGGGGGACGUCUAUGUGAACGACGCCUUCGGAACGGCCCAUCGCGCUCAUAGCUCCAUGCUGGGCGAAGGCUUCGACAAAAGAGCCGCCGGCUUCCUCCUGAAGAAAGAGCUCACCUACUUCGCCAAAGCGUUAGAAUCGCCUACAAGGCCGUUUUUGGCCAUUCUUGGUGGAGCCAAAGUCCAAGACAAGAUUCAGCUGAUUGAAAACAUGCUGGAUAAGGUUAACGAGAUGAUCAUUGGUGGAGGCAUGGCAUUUACCUUCUUAAAGGAACUUAACGGCAUGAAGAUUGGAAGCUCACUCUUCGAUGCAGAUGGCGCCAAAAUUGUCAAGCAGCUGAUGGAGAAGGCUAAGAAGAACAAGGUGCAAAUCCAUCUUCCCGUAGAUUUUGUCACCGGUGAUAAAUUCGACGAGAAAGCCAAGGUGGGCUCGGCGACGGUGCAGGCUGGCAUCCCAGAUGGCUGGAUGGGUCUGGACAUUGGGCCGAAGACCAUCGAGGCAUUCAAGCCAGUCAUCACCAAAGCUAAAACCAUUGUGUGGAACGGGCCCCCCGGCGUCUUCGAAUUUGACCACUUCUCCAAGGGCACGAAGGCUAUGAUGGACAAUGUUGUUGAGGCCACAAAGAAGGGCGCAACCACAAUCAUUGGUGGCGGCGACACAGCCACCUGUUGCGCCAAGUUCAAGACCGAAAGCAAAGUGAGCCACGUCAGCACGGGUGGCGGUGCCAGCUUGGAGCUUCUGGAAGGUAAAGUACUUCCGGGAGUGGCAGCUCUGUCUGAUCGCUAGCAAGACACAAGAUGCCUGCAUUGUAAAUGAAUCAACGUUUUGAAGGGCACUUUUUGAUUGAUUGCUGCCAUAUUUAGCACCAUGCGAUACUGCCAAGAUUUAAUGAAAUUAUACAAGCCAUGAGUGUUGCCAUGUUUGCCUGGAAAACUGCUCAUCAGCGAUGUUGGCAAUACAUAUAUUUGACGCAC